UCACGUGCCGGGUCCGGCGGCGCGCGGGCGCCGGAAGUGUCGCAGCGGGGCGGUGGCGGCCGCGGUGCAUGCAGGGAAGCGGCCGGGCGGCGGGUCGGUGUCGCCGGGCGGCUCGCGGCCGCCCCUGCCCGCGCCGCGCCGCCAUGGGCGCCAGCGGCUCCAAGUCGCGGGGGCUCUGGCCGUUCGCCUCCUCGGCGACGGGUGGCGGCGGCGAGGGCCCCGGCGGGCAGCAGGCCCUGGCCCGGGCACGGGCCGCGCGCGCCGCCACCCCCUUCGUCUUCACGCGCCGCGGCUCCAUGUAUUACGAUGAGGAUGGGGACCUUGCCCACGAGUUCUACGAGGAGACAAUCGUAACCAAGAAUGGGAGGAAGCGUGCCAAGCUGAAGAGGAUCCACAAGAACCUGAUACCUCAGGGCAUAGUGAAGCUAGAGCACCCUCGUAUUCACGUGGAUUUCCCUGUGAUCAUCUGCGAGGUGUGAGUCGCGAGGGGGACGCAAGCCGCUGCUGCCUGCAGGCGAGACGCCCCGCCUGACUGCUGCGAGUGUCGCCGCGCGAGGCUUCGUUGCGUUCCCGUAGAACGAGGACUUUGAGCACGGACACGUGACCGUGGACUUUGACUCUCCCCUUGCCCGGAGAUGCGACGGUACGGAACAGACUCGGCUUGGUUGUGUUUGCCUAGCGCCCUUCGCAGGAGAGGGGCGACCUUGUACGACAAAUGCUUAAAAGUAUCCUCGCUUGAGUGAGAAGACUAAAAUACCUUUUGUAGCCUCUAGCCAACGUUUGGAUGGGUAACUGGAACUGCAGAUGAUCUACUGUGUUUGAGCUGUUAAAGGGAGAGCGAGCCUGCACUUCUCACCAGACAAAAUCCCCUGCUUCUCAGGUAUGCAGCCCAGGGAGAGCCAGGCCAGCUAACUUGCUGCCUGGGGGCCCGGAAAUCCCUCGGCCUCUGUGGUUAAAUGGCCGGUGUUGCGACGUGUCACUUGAUGAGGACAUUAAGCGAGGCUCCCCCGGGUGGGUCUGUCGGUGGAGGGUGAACGGGGCAGGCUCGGGGGGAGCCAGUGUCAAAGCACAUCUAGUCGGGUGCUGUGCUCCUCUUGGGAAGGGGACAGAGACCGGAUGUCACUAUCUUGCGCCUCAGUCCGUUCCCCGUGCACGCUCCCCGUUUACACCGCCUGCCGGGUCUGCGGGGGUUGGCGUCGCUGCUGCCGGUGGUCCCCGCUGGAACGCCGUUUGCCUGCUGCUUGCAUUGCAGCCACCGCUCCGGGGCGGACACGGAGAUCUCUGCCGUCCGUGGCGGCUGCUGGCAGCAGCGAGGUUCCCAGCUCUCCCGACAGCCUGGUGGCCCACGCGGAGGCAGCUUAUCCAUCUGGAUUCCCCAAGUAGGACUUGCCUCCCCCGUUAGAGCCUGUCUGCAUUAGGGGAGCAGGCAGGCUGCUGCCGAGCGCUAAUCCUCGCUCGCUGGAGCCUGCAGCACUGGGCAAGGCAUCUCACGGGCUUGGGGACGCUGGCUCCACAUAAUGUCCUCAUGCUCCACUCCAGCGUUGACAUUAUUCCCAGUGGGGUUGGCCUUGAGAGAGCCAAGCAGGAAAGAAAUCAUCUCUUCCCUCCCCGUCCCUCUAAAACAAUCGAUCAGCUGGCCUGCCCUGGCUUGGAAAUCUCCCUGGCGAUAUGAACUAGAGUUCCUCCAUUGCCCCGCGUCUCAGCUGGGGGCCGGAGGGGAAAUGCAAUGCACUUUAAAGGGAGGCUUUCGGCUCCGUUUUGGAAGGUUCUGCUCUCUCCUCCUCCUUCCUCCCGCUUGAGAAAGUCGGGGUUGCCUUGGCCGCACUGGAGAACCCCAUCGCCUCUCGCGCGUGGGCCCUGGUCCUAGGGCGCCGCGCCGGCUGCUGCAGGGCCGGGGAAGGCCUGACCUGUACUACCCCCCGCCAACGCUAGGAGCCACUGCCGCCCCGCUCCGGCUGCGCUGAGACCGGGCCGCUCGCUUCACGCCAGCAGCCCUGAUCUGUCAGCCGUGGGGCAAAGCUGGGCAAAGCUUUAAACUGGGUCAGAGCUUGCUCCUGCAGCAGCCGCCUUGGCGUCCCUCUUCUUUCGUUCCAGAACUUCUUUACUUUCUAAGCACUUCAGACGUUUGCUACCUCGAUUUUUAAUUUAAGCUGCUGGCGCUUGGGUGCCAGCCAUAUCAGUGUCUAUGUUGGAUGUAUCCAUCCCUGUGCCCACCAGGAGCUGCCUGGGCUCGGGGCCACAUUCCUAGGUUUGGGGAGAUAACGGCGGCCCGGCCGUUGCUGUCCCCCCGCUGCCACCUCUUCCCUCUGUGCCCCCCACCCGCUGUUCCCAUUGACACAAGUAUGCACGAAGGGUGAAGCGGAUGUGCUGGCUCCCGUCUGGCAGGGAAACAGGCCUGCUGGGCAGGGCUCCAGCGGGGAGAUCUACACUGUGAUGCUGGGCAAUUCUUUUGACAUCUUUUGUUCUUCUACUUGCCUGAAAAAGUCUGUCUUAAAACAAUCCCCACUGAAGUGUUUCUUAUUCACACCACCUGCUCUCGAGUUUGGCUCAGACCAGGGCUCACAGAUCUCCUUGAAAACAGCAUCUCAGGCUCUGGAGGAGUGCAAGAGCUUGUGCGUGUUGUCCCUUCUCCCCACGAAGAGGAGAGAAAGCUGUGACCAGCCUGCCAAUUCCUUCUUGCCCCCUGCUUUCCGUGGGCACGGGAAGCAGCUCCUCAUCUCUGUGCUCUGUGGCUUCGCACCAAUGUUUAGUAUGGGGUGGGGAGGAGGCUGAGCAGGGAAGGGGCUGAAUCGGCAGAGGGAUCUUGGCUAGACGGAGGCCUGCUUCGCGAGGAGCUGGGAGCAGCUCCCGCCCACCCGUGGCUGAUUUCGUUCUCCUUGGCAUGCUGUCGUGCCCGCUGCACCCUUCCCCCGGGGCGCUGAGCAUGCUUCCCUAAAAACAUGUCUUCUCCCACCCUCUUUUCACUGGAGAGGCAGCAAACCUCCGCAGGCUACCAACCAUCUGUCUCGCCCUACUUCUUCCCAGGCCCGUCGGGGCCGAGCCGUGCAGCCAGCCUGCUGGGAUUGCCCCGUCCAAGCCCCUCUCCCUCAGCCCCCUCCGCCUCCGCCAGGCCUCCCACGCGGGAGCAGGGACGGGGAGGUUCCUCGGGAGCUUCUGAAGGGAUCUUUAAAAUGUGAAGGUCACUGUAAAUAGUAUCUGUGUCCACUAUAUUGUUGGAGCAGGCAAAACAAAGUUUCCUUUCAGUUUUUUUUUACGACUUCUGUGCAACUUUGUGCUUUCCCGUGUGGAUGUGUAGCUGAACUGUACUCACCAACACUAGACUUGCUCCUCUAGCGUGUGGAUAGGAACCCUGGAUUUGAGAAACGUACACUAUUUAUGGUCCUUCCUCUGCCUCCAAGUGCAUCUGUCUACUUUUGUUAAAUUUCAAUAAAAUUAUUUGUAGAUCCCACAA